AUUGAACAAAGAUUCGCGUUAAGUCAAACUUCUGUUCCACUCAACCAUUUAAGCUGUAUAUACAUUAUGGAUUUGGGAGACACUUAUGAAGAAAGUGAUAAGUUAACGAUUAUGCCUCUUGGGGCUGGUCAAGAAGUUGGAAGGUCAUGUAUACUGUUAACAUUUAAAGGGAAGAAGAUAAUUCUGGAUUGUGGUAUACAUCCUGGCUUACGCAACAGAGAAAGCCUGCCAUUCAUUGAUGCAAUCCCGGAUAUCCAAACGACAGACCUUAUUUUAAUUAGUCACUUUCAUCUUGAUCACUGUGGAGGGCUUCCACAUUUGCUUUUAAAGACUGGAGCUAAGUCAAAAUGUUACAUGACACACGCAACGAAAGCCAUUUAUCGUUAUUUGCUUGCUGACUUUGUUCGUGUUAGCAAUUCUGGUGGCCUACCGGAUCAAUUAUUGUACAGUGAUCGAGACAUAGUAGCUAGCUUAGACCAUAUUGAUACCAUAGAUUUUCACCAAGAACUUGAAGUUAACGGGAUAAAGUUUUCUGCCUAUCAUGCUGGACAUGUGUUAGGUGCAGCGAUGUUUCUAAUAGAAAUUGCUGGUGUAAAAAUUUUAUAUACUGGAGAUUUCAGCCGACAAGAAGAUAGACAUUUAAUGUGUGCUGAAAUUCCGCCUAUACGCCCAGACGUUCUGAUAACCGAAGCUACUUAUGGUAUCCAUAUCCAUGACAAACGAGAAGAAAGAGAAGCUAGGUUUACUAGCUUAGUUCACGAUAUUGUCACUCGUGGAGGGCGCUGUUUGAUUCCAGCAUUCGCACUUGGCAGAGCCCAAGAAUUAAUGUUGAUUCUUGAUGAAUAUUGGGACAAUCAUCCAGAACUGCACGACAUACCCAUUUAUUAUGCCAGUCAGCUCGCACGGAAAUGUAUGGCAGUUUACCAAACGUAUAUUUAUGCCAUGAACGAACGAAUUCGCAACCAGUUAGCAAACAACAAUCCAUUCUGUUUCCGACACAUAUCCAAUUUAAAGGUAGAUGAGUAGUAUCAAAGCAUUUUAUAAUUAACACUUGUCUUCGUAGAGUAUUGAACAUUUUGACGAUUCUGGUCCAUGUGUGGUUAUGGCCAGUCCUGGAAUGUUGCAAUCUGGUCUUAGUCGAGAGCUAUUUGAGAAUUGGUGCACAGACAAACGUAAUGGAGUAAUUAUUGCAGGCUAUUGUGUCGAGGGUACUCUGGCGAAACAAAUUUUAUCUCUACCGACUGAAGUACCUACAAUGUCAGGUCAAAUGUUACCACUGAAAUGUUCAGUAGAUUAUAUUAGUUUCUCUGCUCAUACUGACUAUCAACAGACGAGUGCAUUUAUCAGAGAAUUAAAACCAAGCUAUGUCGUAUUAGUACACGGAGAACAAAACGAAAUGUUACGGUUAUGUGGGGCUUUACAAAGGGAGUAUGAAGAUGAUGAAACAUGUAGACUGGAAAUAUUUACACCUAAAAACUGUGUCCCUGUUAAUCUACGUUUUCGUGGUGAGAAAGUUGCUAAAAUUUUGGGCAGUCUUGCCCAUAGUGCUCCUAAAGAAGGUCAAACUAUUUCAGGAGUACUUGUAAAGAAAAAUUUCGCAUAUCAUAUUUUAACACCUGGUGAAUUACCGAGUAAGUAAUUUCAUAUUGUUUCUGUGUUAAUGAUCUCGUGAAAGUUAAAAUUUGGAACGCAUCUCGAAAGCCUCUACGGCUUUGAUGUACAUCCUACUGAUAAUAUCAAGAGGUAUUUACCACUCCCCUUUGAAUAACCAUUAACAGAUAAUUUAUUUCUGUUUUCCCCUUGGUUUAUUGUUGGUGUAUCAUACUUUGGAUAUCGUUCAUUAACUGACAUACUUGACCUUCAGUUUUAAGUCUCAGUAUGUAUAAUCUAAUCUAGACAGCUAAAUAUUGCUGGUAGCUUUCACUUGAAAAGUGUGGUUUCGAAUUUAGUACAGUAGUUUUAUACGGUUUUUGAGAUGUAGUUGAACACAGGAGUAAAUGUCUAAAUGAUUGGAUUAAAAAAGAAAUGUUUCUUCGCUCAACUUGUAUUUUUUUUAUUAUAUUUAGCAUUAAUUAGUGAAUAUGUUAGAGAAAUAGUGUAUCUCUUUGUGUCUACUAUGUCAUGUUUUCCCUAUUUUUCCUUAGCAUACACUGAACUAGCUACAACUGUAGUAAAUCAAGUCAUUUCUAUUCCAUUUACUGGUAGUGCUAAUCUUUUGAAAUUUCAUUUGGCUUUACUUGCUGGUAGCGUGGAAACGGUAUCUCAAAAAUCAGAUAAUGUACAAUAUCGUGUAUUUGAUGCAAUUAAUAUUACUUGGCGACCACAACAGAUAACUGUGGAAUGGCAAUCCAAUCCUACAAGUGACAUGUAUGCGGAUGCUGUACAGAAUGUUAUUUUACGUGCUGCUAUGCAAGGAAUGCCUCCUAGAGGUUUACCUCAUCUUAUUGAACCGAACAAAGAACAAUUUCGAUCUGCUCUCGAAGUAGCACUUCAAGAUGCAUUCGGUAUUGACUGUUUAGAAGAAGAGAUAAUUAAGCCUGAUGCUAAUCAUGUUAUAGUGCAUGUUGAUUCUCAUGUCGCUGAAGUGAAUCUAUGCGAUUUAUCCGUCUCGUGUAAAACUAAUCCAAGAUUGGAGCAUAUUCUUCAAGUUAUGGUCAAUCGAUUGAACCACUGUAUUUCAGCUAUGUGAAUACCACUGUGAAUUAAUUAUUUUGUAAAUUAUAAUCUUUUCCACAGAAA